AUGAGUGAGCAGCGAGGCAGUGAGACAAAGUUUGUGAAUAAGCAGCGAGGCAGUGAGACAAAGUUUGUGAAUAAGCAGCGAGGCAGUAAGACACAGUGUGUGGUUGAGCAGCGAGGCAGUAAGACACAGCUGAUGAUUGAGCAGCGAGGCAGUGAGACACAGUUGGUGUCUGAGCAGAGAAGUAGUGCGACACAAUUGCAAGAAAGUGAGACACAGUUGGUGAGUGAGCAGCGAGAAAGUGAGACACAAUUGAUGAGUGAGCAGCGAGACAGUGAGGCACAGAUGGUGGGUGAGCAGCGAGACAAUGAGACACAUUUCGUGUCUGAGCAGCGAAGGAGUGAGACACAGUUGAUGAGUGAGAGCGAGGCACGAGGCAGUGAGACACAGUUGGUGGGAGAGAAGCGAGACAGUGAGACACAGUUGGUGUCUGAGAAGAGCGGCAGUGAGAACCAGUUGGUGAGUGAGCAUCGAGGCAGUGAGACACAGUUGGUGAGUGAGAAGAAAAGUAGUGAGACACAGUUUGUGAGUGAGCAGCAAGGCAGUGAGACACAGUUGGUGGCUGAGCAGCGAGGCAGUGAGACACAGUUGUUGACACAGUUGGUGUCUGAGGUGCGAGCUAGUGAGACACAGUUGGUGAAUCAGCAGCGAGGCAGUGAGACACAGUUGGUGAGUGAGCAGCAAGGCAGUGACACACAGUUGGUAGGUGAGCAGCGAGGCAGUGAGACACAGUUGGUGUCUGAGCAGCGAGAUAGUAAGACACAGUUGGUGUCUGAGCUGCGAGGCAAUGAGACACAGUUGGUGUCUGAGCAGCGAGAUAGUAAGACACAGUUGGUGUCUGAGCUGCGAGGCAGUGAGACGCAGUUGGUGUCUGAGCUGCGAGGAAGUGAGACGCAGUUGGUGUCUGAGCAGCGAAGUACUGAGACGCAGUUGCGAGACAGUGAGACACAGUUGGUGUCUGAGAAGAGCGGCAGUGAGACACAGUUGGUGAGUGAGCAUCGAGGCAGUGAGACACAGUUGGUGAGUGAGAAGAAAGGUAGUGAGACACAGUUUGUGAGUGAGCAGCAAGGCAGUGAGACACAGUUGGUGGCUGAGCAGCGAGGCAGUGAGACACAGCUGGUGUCUGAGCUGCGAAGGAGUGAGACACAGUUGCUAGGUAGUGAGAAACAGUUGGUGUCUGAGCUGCGAGGCAGUGAGACACAGUUGGUGUUUAAGCAGCAAAGCAGUGAGACACAGUUGGUGUCUGAGGUGCGAGGUAGUGAGACACAGUUGGUGAGUGAGCAGCGAGGCAAUGAGACACAGUACGUGAGUGAGCAGCAAGGCAGUGAGACACAGUUGGUAGGUGAGCAGCGAGGCAGUGAGACACAGCUGGUGGGAGAGCAGCGAGGCAGUGAGACACAGUUGGUGUCUGAGCAGCGAGAUAGUGAGACACAUUUGGUGUCUGAGCUUCGAGGCAGUGAGACACAGUUGGUGUCUGAGCUGCGAGGCAGUGAGACACAGUUGGUGUCUGAGCUGCGAGGCAAUGAGACACAGUUGGUGUCUGAGGAGAGCGGCAGUGAAACACAGUUGGUGGCUGAGCAGCGAGGCAGUGAGAAACAGUUGUUGGUGAGUGAGCAGCGAGGCAGUGAGACACAGCUGGUGGGUGAGCGGCGAGGCAGUGAAGCACAGCUGGUGGGUGAGCAGCUAGGUAGUGAGAAACAGUUGGUGUCUGAGCUGCGAGGCAGUGAGACACAGUUGGUGUUUAAGCAGCAAAGCAGUGAGACACAGUUGGUGUCUGAGGUGCGAGGUAGUGAGACACAGUUGGUGAGUGAGCAGCGAGGCAAUGAGACACAGUUGGUGAGUGAGCAGCAAGGCAGUGAGACACAGUUGGUAGGUGAGCAACGAGGAAGUGAGACACAGCUGGUGGGUGAGCAGCGAGGCAGUGAGACACAGUUGGUGUCUGAGCAGCGAGAUAGUGAGACACAUUUGGUGUCUGAGCUUCGAGGCAGUGAGACACAGUUGCGAGGUAGUGAGACACAGUUGGUGUCUGAGCUGCGAGGCAGUGAGACACAGUUGGUGUCUGAGCAGCGAGGUAGUGAGACACAGUUGGUGUCUGUGCAGCGAGGCAGUGAGACACAGUUGGUGUCUGGGCAGCGAGACAGUGAGACACAGUUGGUGUCUGAGAAGCGAGACUGUGAGACACAGUUAGUGAGUGAGCAACAAGACAGUGAGACACAGUUGUUGAGUGAGCAGCGAGACAGUGAGACACAGUUGGUGGAUGAGCAGCGAGGCAGUAAGACACAGUUUGUGGUUGAGCAGCGAGGCAGUGAGACACAGCUGGUGGGUGAGCAGCGAGGUAGUGAGACACAGUUGGUGUUUGAGCUGCGAGGCAGUGAGACACAGUUGGUGUCUGAGCAGCGAGGUAGUGAGACACAGUUGGUGUCUGAGCAGUGA